UUCGAAAGAGAAGCUUUGCGAACGGGACAGAGUGGAAGUGAGAGUGUGGGAGAGCGAGCUUUUAUAAACAGUGGGCCAAAUUUGAAUGUGGCAUGGGGAGUUCGAUAAACCGCGUAAUUGGACCCAAAUUUGCACCACUGUGCCACCAUUGGCUUGCAGUUUUCGCACGCAAGCUUUGCGUAUUGCUGCUAACGGACCUUUUGCGCAAGUACACAAACAAAUUCGAACAGCUGACUGGGUUAAAAGUGGUGGGGUGUGUGUGAGCGUUUGUGGCACCGACCAUUAAAUCUCUCGGCGCUGCAAGUUCCAAAAGAUUGCUCCUCGACGAAGGUCAGUUCACGCGGAAGCUCGAACUUUGUCGGAUGGCGAGUGCGGAUUGGAUUGGUUAGGCUAUCAGCACAACGCAGGGCCAAAGGAGCAGAGGUCGUCACCCGGAUACAGACAAAACUUUUUCGAUUGUCCCAGUCCCCCACGCGCAGCAUCGUUCAUCCCAUUAACGUGCAAAAACAUUUGCUGUGAAAAUAUAAUUCCAUCGCACAGAUGCUUUCAAACCAUUGCAUUUUGAAAUGUGGCUGCGAACUUGGCUGGAGUUUGCGAAUCGGCACAAGCAAACAGCAAACAGAAAACAGCCAACGUAAUUCGUAAUUCGUAGUUGCAUAAUAUUACAACACAUGAAUGGCCGACGAACCGAAUUUGGGCGUUGCAGUUGCAAUAGCAAUUUCCAUUGCAUAUUGUUGAUGCCACUUUGUUUGCGGCUGCCGCCAUGGAAACGUGUCGCACCUGUGCCAUAUCCAUGUUUGUGUGCGACUUCGAAAGCGGCAGCAACAGCAGCCACUUCCUGGACCUCCAUCAUCCCAACUGCUGGCCAAGUGAAAUGGCCCAAAUACGCCUGCAGUUCGUCAACUGGAAUCUGAAGGUGAGAUGCAUUUGGGAAAAAUGGGAUCUAUGUUCAAAUCAGAUCUCGCCUAACGAUGGAUUGCCUCAGAAGAUUUGCAGGGAUUGCUUCACCAAGUUUUGCUCAAUAAAUGCAUUUCGCGUGGCCUGCCAGGAUGCCCAGUUGAAGUUGUCGAACAUCUAUGACAAGAUCGAUGCCAGCAGCCUGGAGGAUGAGAACCAGGAGCUUUUGGACCAAGCAGAGCAGCAUCAGGGAACAGAAACAACCAAGCCAACAACGACGGUUUCAGCUGAAACACAACAACCAAACACUGCCACUGAGCCCAUAGAAAUUUUUGUGGAUUCCAUAGACAUUGGGGAGGGGGAUGAGCCGGAGAAUCCACUGCCGGAGCAAUCAGCUCCUCCGGAACUGACCAUUAGCUAUGCCUGCAAAUUCUGCCUGCAUCCACAGCAGAGCUACCAGCUGCAGCAACACUUGUUGGAGCACAUCAACGCCGAUCACGACCCGGAGCAGCCGUACAAUUGUCCGGAGUGCGAGGCCUGCUUCCAGGAUGCCGCCUCGAGGACCGUGCAUCUGAAGAGCAGCCACGUGGAGAAGCAACACGCCUGCGAGGUGUGCGGCAAGAAAUACGGCGAUCGCCACAACCUGCGCCAUCACGUGGAGAAGUACCAUUCGGAGACGGACUUUGAGUGCGGGCUGUGCGAGAAGAGGUUCUACACCCGCAAGAGCCUCAACUACCACAUGAAGUGGCACAAUCCGGACCGCCAGUUCAAGUGUCGCCACACUGGAUGCGAGCGGCUGUUCAUCAGCCAGCGGCACCUCAUGUGCCACGAGGCCACCCACUCGGGAACCAGCGCCAGGAAGAGCGAGCACUGCGGCUUCUGUGGAAAGACAUUUAUUCACCUGAAGACCCUUCGCUGGCACAUCUAUCGUCAGCACGGCGGAGAGAAGCCCUACAAGUGUGCCAACUGCACGGAGGUUUUCGCAUCCUAUGCGGAGAAGCGUAUCCACAUGCUGGAGCGGCACAGGGAGAACCUAACUGCCAUUGAGCGGAGCGAGUGCAUGCUGUGCCGCCAGCCCUUUUCCAGUGAACAGGACCUAAUCCACCACAUGUCCGUGGAGCACCUGCAGCCUCCUGGAGCUCCGGUAAUCGCCAACAACAAGCGGGUGUUGCAGCAGAAAAGGGAGCGUCAGUACUCGGGACUCUUUCAGUGCGGCAGUUGCACGCAGCGAUUCAAUAUGAAGUCCGCCCUGGAGCGACAUUCGGUGGUCCACUCGGAGAAGGACCGGCCGCACGCCUGUCCCCACUGCUCCAAGCGGUUCAAACGGCCCCAGGACAUGAAGUGGCACAUCAAGACGCACGAGAAGGAGAAGCCCAACGUGUGCGACGUCUGUGGAAAGGCAUUCGCCCUCAAAUAUGUGCUCACCCAGCACCGAUUGAGCCAUGAAGUGCUGGAGAAGAACUUUAAGUGCAACGUUUGCGGUCGGGCGUAUCUCUUUGAAAAGUCGUUGCGGCUUCACCAGCGGGUUCACAGCGGCAAGACCUACUACAAAUGCGAUCACUGUCAAGAAAGAUUUGUCACGCACAUUAAGCUUAAAACUCACUUGCAAAAGACACACGCCACUCAACCGCACAGCGCGGAUCCUCUGGAUGAUUUGAUCAACAUUGUGAUUUCCUAACCAAGUGGAACAGUUAAGAUUUCUGUCACGGUCAAGCACAACGCAGAAACUGAAUUGCAUUGGGAGCGUAGCUCUCGGAAACUAAUUAACUCGAAACCACAUAGACCAUAGCCUCCAUCCAACUACUAGACCAUAUGCACACAGCGGACUUUGGGUCGCAGGGUGCUUAGAGCUUUACAUAGAAUACUCUAAUCCCAUUUCUUCAAUCGUCCUUCAAGCACUUACUUCAGUCCCAUAUCCACUU